CAGCCUCAUCAGGAGCACUGUGUUUGGUUGUGUGUGUCUCCCUCUCUCUUUGCAAAGGAGCUGUGCCUCUCUCCUUCGUCUCUCUGCCCAGGGACAUGUAUUAAGGGCCUGCCUGCAUGCAGUUCUAUUGGGCAGGAGUGGGGCAGGACUCUGGAAGGCCACCAGAGGGGUUGCAAACCUCCUGACUACCAUAAGGCCUUGCUGUGAGGGGACAAGGAAGGCUGGUUGAGGAACAGGGGGUUAAAAUACCUGUGAGGAAAAAUCCCAUAAUGCUCACCACUAGCUACAAAGGCAAACAGCCCACCUUCUCUUUUGAAAGACAAAUCAAAUUUUCUGCAUGCCUGGAUUUGGCCUUUGCACAGAAUCAAAGUUUUGUGCAGCAGCUCCGACCCACCCCGCAGAGGGAUAUAUGGCAAAAGCAGCCUCCCGAUUUUAGCCACAAAUUCUAUAAAUCUUCCAGGCCUUCACGAAAACCACCAGAAAAGGAAAAGGAAAAGGAAGAUCUGAAGAAGGCCAAUAGCACAGAAUCUGAGACUAAGCAACAGCUGCCAAAGAUAAAGUCCAGACAGUGCCACGCUGCUUUGGAAAGGAAGAAAGAGUUGCCCAAGAUUGUCACAAGGUUUCCACACGUGGGCUCAUAUGAACUGGAUAUAAUGUUUGUGAAGAAUGGAAAAUAUAAGACUGGCAUAUACCAAGAUCCCAAACCACAUGAUUUUAGGCAGUAUGAAACUAAUAUACCAGACUUUGUGACAAGUUACCCCAGAGACCCUUUCAAUUUAAAGUUCAAAUCUCAGCAUUUAAAUGCAGUUCAUGCACUUCAGCCAUUGAAAGACAAGCAAAAGGACACCAAGGGGAGAUUCAUUACGUACAAGCCUCAUGAAUGCAAAUGGGAAUCCAGGCUAAUUCUGCCAAAGAAUGCUUGGCCACCGAAGUCUGCUUCAUUUACGAGACACAGAAGGCGACGUGGUGUCCACACAGCAUUCCUAGAUCGUGUGAAUGAAAAGCUACGUACAAUAUGGCAGGAGGAAGCAUGCCAGCCCAAAUAGCAGGAAGAGGGAAAAGCAAUGCAGCUGAAGUUUUCUAGCAGGAUCCAAGUCAUUGCACCAAGUCCAGCCUUAUGAAAUGCAUAAACCUCAGCAAAUCCUGUGAAAGAUACUAGUGGUGCUUCGCUGCAUUUCUUGUAUGUCCUGUUGUGUCAGAUGUCAAAUUUCUGAGAACUCCAACCUGGAAAAACUACCUAGGGCUAGAUCCUGAGCUGUUGUAAAUCAGCAUAGAUAGCUCCAUUGACUGAGGAGCUCAAACAUCUUUAGCACAAUGCCGCAGGCAUAACUUUAAAUUUAUACC